AUGAGAGCAGGGGUAGGCGCUGUUGCUGUUGUCGAGGUGGGCCCUUGUCCAAUCAAAGGGAUUCUACCGAGGAGAGAAAGCAACCAUCUCAGACGGAUGCGAGGGGAGUGGGCGAGAAGUGACAUUUGCACAGGGGUAUUUCUGGGCGAAUUUCCCAGAUUUGCCAAGUAUCAUCUUGUUCCCUUAUUCGAAUGGGAAGCCGCUCGCGCGGCGAGCACCAUUCUUGGCGCCCGUGGAUGA